AUGCCCCCUCCGAACCCGCCCCUGUCCUCCACCACACAUGAGCACCAAGCUACCGAUAUCGCGAAUGCCUCCCUUAUAAACAUCAAGCCUCCUCUGCCGAGCAGACGUCCUCGCACCGCCCAGUCGCCAAACAAUGCCGAGGUCCUCGUCCCGCCUCUCAUCGGAGGCGCAGUCGUCGCCGCCUUCGCCACAGCCCUCUCGGAUGGCCUGAACAACGAUCUUCUCACUCACUAUUACCUCCCAGAGCAAAAGGUCCGCAUCAACAUUGACCGAGUCUUGGAUCGGUUGCUGUCCGAGUUUACCAAGGAGCUGUGGGAUGAGCUGUGGUCCUUUUACUGUGACUCCAACCCGGACUCAAGAGAACAGAUCAAGAAACUAUUCGAUGGGCCCAUAUGUCAACUAAUUCUCAUCCUUAACGGGCCUGAGGCGCCGCAUUGUGUCUUGGAAAAGUUGGGUCCUGGAAUCUCACGACGACCGGCGACAUGGUCGACAACCGCCCGAGGCAUUGAUCUUCCUCUCGCCCUGCAACUCCUAUGCAGCUAUUGGGAUCGAGAAUUCCCUGCCCGCUCACCCAGAGGAUCGCCCGAUGAGAUCGCGCGCUCACUGCACACAUACAUCACUACAGGAGAGUCGGCCAGGCAAUUAAUAUCGAGGAUUCGUGAGGUCCUCGUCUCACCUCACUAUGUCCAGAUGCAUCUCAUGGAGUCCGCUGUAUGGGACAUCCUCUUAAAGAGACCCUUUCGACCACCUCCCGAUGGCUUCCAUGUCAUUCAGUUCAAGUUUGAGUGUCAGCUCUUUGGCCCUCUCGAAGGCAUCGGAGAUCCACAGCUCGUGAAGAUGGGCUCAUUACCAGCAAUCACUGGAACGGCAAACGAUUGCGUCUACACCACAAUAUCAGAGUAUACGGCCAAGCAGUGGCCCAAGUGUGGUCUUCUCCUUCUUGGCUGUAUUGAAGAUGCCGUCAAGGAAGCAUCUAUAUCUAGUUGCGACGGCCACGCAUUCACGGGCAUGUCCAUCUGGGACGGCACCGAAGACCCUUUUCUAUGUCCUGGCCUCCGCCUGCUUCACAUUGAAGUCGAAGACGGCUCCAUCAGGCUCAGCGUCUCAGCCUGGACGCACACCAUGAUUGAGAUUCUGCAGCAAAUGGCCUGGACCUGCGCUGCACUUAGCGCCUCACCCUUCCCUGGUUCACUGUCCGAGUGUGCAAUUGAAGUAUCGGACUACCAAUACCUGGACGAUUCCAUCUUUGUCGACUGCAGUCUUUCUCACAGACCGGUUCCUGAAGGUGAUGGGGCACCUUGGCUCAAGCAAUUACAAGGCGCAGCCAUCGCCAAUGGUUUCCCUAUAAAGCACAUUUUGGCGGAAUCUCAUCCAUCAUAG